AUGGAACGACCUACUUCCAUGAAUGACCUUCCUCCUGAGCUUUUGGGAGAGAUUUUCUAUCAGUGCACUACACACAGCCCCGACGCCCCUCUCCUUCUCUCACGAGUAUCACGUAAUUUUCACCAGGUUGUCUACUCCACUCCAGGGAUUUGGUACCAUCUUCACCUUCCCAUCACCGAAACAACGGGCGUCGCAUGUGACCGAAAAGUGGAAUUGUGGUUUUCGGUGGGAGGGCUGUGCAUGGUAGAUAUUACUCUGGAUGUGCGCAGAGUGUCGUUUGACGAUGGACGAGCGCAAUCUACAUCCCCUUCGAAAGAGUUGCUGGCGGCGGAACUUUCAGUUUCUGGUGUCCUCCGUCGGCGCGUUGAUCGACUAAGGUCAUUGAAGCUCCAAGCAUCCUCUGAAAUGGAUGCCCAAUCGUUUCUCGACGCGAUCUUUACCCUGCCCCUUGAUACAGACGCGGUAGUCGCUCUCACCUCUCUCACCUUACAAAUUUCUCCAGACGCACGGUUGGCCCCCAUUGUCAACCGAGGUUCAUCCUUGCCGGCGCAACCACAUUUCCCAUUUCUACCCAAACUCACGGACCUCAUCCUCAUCAACCAUGGCAUCGCCCCUCUAGCAACAACACACUUAAUUAACCUCCAGACACUGUCCAUUACCCUCCCCAUCCGUUUCCCCUCACUCCCUCUCCACAUUAUCCUCCAUAUUUUACGUUCCACCACGUCCCUAGUACAGUUUAACCUCGAAGCUCGGGUGGUCGACGCUCCACCACCUCAUAGCGAUCACGCGACCGGCGAUGUCGAACACAAUAACACUCUCAUCUACCUCCCCCACCUUACCGGACUUUCUCUUCGCACAAACUCCGUUUCAUAUAUACUUCCUCACCUCCUUCUUCCCAACCUUACGUCCCUCCGUAUCGACGACCUCGACGGAAGGCGUAUCGGAAGCGCUGAAUCAGUUGAAAACCUGCUCCGUAAACUUUUAGUCAGGAUGGACCUUCCCUGUCCGGACCGUGUGGGUAGCGGUGGUCUGAAGACGCUGGAACUCGUAAACGUACCUAUUCUUCGCGGAGCUGGUGAGACGGAAGGAGUGUGGGAUUGGUGUUUUCGACGCAUGAAGUCCCUCGUUGGCCUUACGGUCAGCAACAUCGACGCUUCACCGGUGCUGGAUAUCCUUGCGUCCCGCAACGAAGAAGGAGAGGCUAUUUGUCCCCAGCUGGCGAACUUGAGCAUCACGUCGUCAACCCCUCCCCUGGAAAUCGAGAUGUUCCGGACUCAGCGGCCAGAUAUCGACCUGAAGUUUCACGUUAUUGCGGAUCCGUUUGGGGGCGGAGAUUUUGAUUUUAUUUCCCACUACGAAAACCCCACCCCCGCUGGCGCGCCUUCUUCGCCUCCAUCGGCCCUCCCGUUUCGCGGCUCAUUCCCCUACAUUUCGGUACAUUCUCGUCUUGACAAGGAGAUAACUGAACAGGCGGGUUGCGCAAGGUAG